AUGACAGGAGGCAUGUUUGAACUUUGGAUUCGUGAUCAAUUAUUACAAAUUAGUAAUGGUGGCAAAUUCUCUCAACACUUGUUGGGAAAAAUUGAAAUUCGUGAGGAACAACGUGUGGGGGACAGCGUGGCUAGUUUGAAUCCAUUCUAUGGUCAAGGAAUUACCUGUAUUUGUGAGUCAUUACUCAUUUUGGAUGAAAUUCUAAGAAGACCUCACAACCAUACAAAAUCUUCCUCACCAUGGACUGCAGAGACAUGUCAAGAAUUCCAGGAACGAGUCAAGAAUAUUUACAUGCCAGCCUACUUUUUAGCAACCACUGUGGAUUUACAACAUGAAGAAGCCAAAGGUGGAUCUUGGUGGUAUCGAACGAUAUUUCUCAAAUAUUUUGCUCCAGAUUUGAAACAAUUAGCAUUGGCCUCGAAAAUUGAUCCCUAUGUAAGAAUUACGUUCAAUCAGGUGAAUCACAUGAUGGAAGGAUAUUUAUAUAACAUGUUGGACAGGAAAUAUAGAUCUCGUUGCAAAAAUCCAGUGAAUCAUUGGUAG